AUGUUCCUUGUUGCCAUCUUGGGCUUUCUAGAGGUGCUCCAAGGGAAGAAGGUGAUUGUCACUGGUGCCAGCAGAGCCAUUGGAGAACAAAUAGCCUAUCACCUGGCAUGGAUGGGAGCCCACUUGGUGGUGACAGCACAGACUGAAUCAAAGCUGAAGAAGGUCAUCUCUGAGUGUUUGAAGCUAGGAGCAGCCUCAGCAUGCUCCAUCCCUGGAACCAUGGAGGACUUGGUUUUUGCAGAGCAAGUAGUCACAAAGGCAGGAAAGCUGAUAGGUAAGGUUGAGCCCUGCUCUUCUUCUGGGAAAAUAAGUAUGCCACUCACUGCUGACUACUCGGCAAGCAAGUUUGCUCUAGAUGGAUUCUAUUCUUCACUGCAAACAGAAUUAUAAACGAUGAAUGUCAACGUAUCCAUCACACACUGCAUCCUCGGCUUAAUAAACACAGAUUCAAUUGUAAAAACUCUUUCUGAGAUUGUGAAUGAUAGAAAUCCAGCACCAAAGGAGGAAUGUGCAUUGAAGAUCAUCAAAGGGGGAGUUUUGCAUUAGAAAGAAAUAGCUUACCCAUACAUUAUGCAUCUAUUGCUGUGGAAUCCAAGUAGGUUAAUACAGGAAAAUGUCAUAUUAUCACAUUACAACAUAAAUAAAAUUAAGAGAAAUCAACAGUUCCCUUAA